CCCGCUCUUCUUUCACGUCCUGACCAUUCGUCACACUUGGAUCCGCAUGGAACCCUCAUCAUCUCUUCGUCCCUGAUUGUCUCCUAUUUCAUUCAUUCAUUCGUCCGUCAUGUCCACCACUCGCGCUGACGAACGGACCCCACUGCUCGACGACGACGGCGGCGGCGGCGGCGGCGGCCGCAGCAAUGGCGAGCCUUCUCAAGAAACGACCCUUUCCACUCUGCCUUCCCCAUCAGCUUCAAAAUCCACCACAAGACAAGUCGCACCCGACCUCCUCCGUGGCGUUCUCAUGAUUCUGAUGGCCCUCGACCACACCUCCGUCUCAUUGGGAGCAUACCCGCAUGGAACUGGAACGCACAGCGAGGAGGCUAGCGUGCCUGUUACCCAGUGGAGCGCUCCGCUGCCUUUCGCAAUGAGAUCCUCGACGCACAUGGUCGCUCCGGGGUUUAGUCUAUUGAUGGGCAUGGGGAUAGCGUACUUCAUUGAGAGCCGCUCAAGACAGGGCUGGACUGUCACCCGUCAGCUUCGUCAUAUUGCCGUGCGUACUCUGGCCAUCCUGCUAGUCAAUUAUGCAUCCGUAGGCGUCAGCAUGGCCACCUGGACCGGCAAGUUUCUGGUGGUGCCCAACAUAAUUCUUGUGGCAUUGGCCCUCGACUACCUGUUUGUCGGGGUGCUCUACGUGCUGCAUGUUGCGUAUGUUGAGCCGUGGCUGAAGAGAACGUUCAGCAGGCGGCAGGGCAGAUGUGAGGCAGACGAGGAUGACGAGUCUGCGGUAGCGUCAUUGGGCGAAGGAAGCUCUUCAACGCUCGUCACCGUCGCGGUGGACGCGUUCCUCGUCCUCCUCGCCGGCGUCACCCUCUCCGCCAAUAUCUUGACCUCAGCCCAUCACGGUGUCUGUCCGGCAACACAGGGACACGCACACGACCACAUCAGCGCCGCAACAAGCGAUGCUCCUACGAUCUGGCUCCUCGCGGGCGGACAUACCUUCCAAGCAGCAGCAGCAGCAUCAUCUUCUCGUCCCUCUUCACCGCCCGAGGUCUGUCAACACCCAGGGAAGCUCCUUUACAACUUCCUGUUCCAGCAAGUCACCUGCCUCGACCAAGGGAUUCUCUCCGGCUUUCCACCAGUUGGGUGGCUCUCCUUCGUCAUCUUCGGUGUAGCAUACGGGCGAUGGUUGCUCGCUUCCCGCAAGCGCAACAUCAGCGCACAGAGCAUCAACGCUAGCCUGGCAGUCGUGUUCGCUCUGCUCUUUGUCUCGACCAGACUAGGCCAGUGGGGCAACACAUCGACGCAUUGUCUUUCCACCCCGGACCAGCUCGCCCAGAAAGCUGGCUCCAAUCCUUACCUGGCAAGCUGGCGCUCAUUCGCCUACAUAGUCAAGUAUCCUCCCGAUGCAGCCUUUGCCUUUGCCACGCUUGCUGGCAACUUCAUCUUGCUCGCUCUGUUUGACGUCGCCCUCUCCACUGGGCCCUCUCUGAUCAAGAAGAGCCUGCAAAACCCGUCCAACAUCCUGCUAGCGUACGGAGUCCAGCCCUUGUUCUUCUACGGCGCCCACUUCUGGGUUUUAAUGACGGUGCAGGCGAUCUUGCUAUACAGUGGUCUGGCGAAAAGGAAUGCAGAGGGCAGGCCCGAGGUAGGCCUGGGCUGGGUCUUCUUGGCCGGCUAUGCCACGGUGCUCGGCGUGAUGUGGCCGCUAUGCGUUGCGUUUGGACGAUUCAAGCGCAGGCAAGGGGGCGAUAGCGUGUGGAAGUUCCUCUAAAGACUGGAACUUUUUUUGAAAUUGGAAUCGUUUAAUGUGUAGAGUCU